AUGCCUUCUUUCUCUUCAAAAACAUACUUUUACAAUUACACCUACGUGGAAAACAACCUCUACUUGCAUCAUUCAAAUAUCAUCAGACCUACCACAACCUACCUUGCUCGCGAGAAUAUGCCCUCUGAGCCUACAAAGCAAGCCAAUCCAUCUUCUGAGCCAACACAACAGCCCAAUCCAUCUUCCGAGGACCAAACAACCACAAAACAGACCUUCCUCCCCAUCUUCGAAAAUGACCCUCCCGCCCCAAAACACACCGAAAAGCGAGUGGCUGAGCCUGAAGAACAAGGCAAGCCCAAGACGGCUCAGGUUUUCCUCAGCAACUCUGAUGAAGAGGAUCAAGCCCCGCCCAAGGAGCCAGAGCCGGAAGCCAUCUCGGAGGCAGAGCAUCAUGAACCGGCUGAGCCGCUUCCGCAACAAGGGAAGAGUGAGAAUUGA